CUCGCCCCACUGCUGUGGGAGGCUGCGGGGAUCAUUAGAAACCCCAGUGAAAUAACUCUCUGGGUGAUGUGUUUGCAGUUGUUGGCUUCUCUGGGGCUUGUGUGGCAAGGAUGGGGCAGGAGCGGCAGGAGCAAAAGGUCAGUGACUGCUGUUGAUGAGAGGAAAAUCCCAGAGCAGAGCAGUGCUCGGCUGGUGGCAGCUGGGCAAACCGCUGCACCCUCCAUUUGCAAGCAGUGAGCCAGAGAAGCAGCAGCUUCUGCCAUGCCGUGCUAGAGCUGCUGGCUCUGGAAAGCCACAGCGGCUCUGGUGCUCCAACGGAGAGCCUUUCUCUUUCAGGUGCUGCUGGAGCAGUAUUUGCCUGAAGUAGUGGCCACAAGGAACAGGCUUGAUGGGCUGUGGGAUCAGAAUGAGAAGAUGCUCCAGGAGCACAGUGGUGUGGCGGCUCAGCUGAGUGAGGAGAUCGGCACCCUGAAAAAGGAACUUAAGGACUUGCGAGACGCUGUGUCUGUUAACUCUCGCAAAAAGUCUGAAGUGCUGCUUGACUGGGCUCUGAAAAGCACAGGGGCCACCAUUGACCUGGAGAGAUCUUCAAAGACAUACUCAUGGGAUGGCAUGCGGUCGUGCAGGCUCUUCUGGCUUCCUUGUACCCCAAACCCUCCAGACACUAUUCUGCAGCCGGACGUUUCUCUGGGCAACUGCUGGGCUUUCCAAGGGUCUCGGGGCCAGGUGGUCAUUAGGUUGCCUGCAAAAAUCCAGGCAACCAUGGUCACCGUCCACCACACCUCAGACAUGGACUCGGCGCUUGGGAAAUUCAGCAGUGCUCCCCGAGAUUUCACCGUCUCUGGAGUGGAUGAGGAAACAGAAGCCGAAACUCUGCUCGGGACAUUCACCUAUGCCGUGCAGAAGAAGCCUGUGCAGACCUUCCCUCUGCAGGUACAGUCAGAGGUGGUGGGCAGGAGGCCUGUCCAGAAACACUGUGUUGGCAGCAAGUCAGUGGCAGCAGUGUGCAGGGUCCCUCCCAGGGCAGCAGUCCCAGCCCAUGGGAGAGAGACAGGGUGGGCAGGGAGGGUGGGCACUAGGCAGCAGGACAGCAGAGAGAUUCCCAGAGCCUUUCAGGUCAUCAAGGUCGUCAUACAGAGCAACUGGGGAAAUCCAGAUUACACCUGCAUUUACCGGGUGCAGGUGCAUGGGAGAGGAACGGCUACCAGUCGUUGGCCAGGAGACAUGUCUUCUGCCAAUAAGAAUAAAAAAUAGUAACAAAAACCUAGACGAGGGAUGUGGUUUGUCAG